AUGGAAGACAAGUUUGAUGAAGGUCCGCGCAACUACAACGAUGAGUCAAGUGUCGUUGAGUUUGAUGAUCAUGAUGAGGACGAAGAAAAAGAAGAAGGUAAAACUGACGACGACAUGGACUCGAGCGACGAUGACAACGAAGACACCAGGUCUUCGAAGAGCAACAUCAAGAGACACACGCGCACUCAAUCACUUGAGAAAGCUACCGUCAUUCCAAGUCCCAAGCGAAGAACAUACAGAGGUCCGUCGCUUGAGCAUGUUGGGGAAACGCCGACUACAUUCAAGUCGGCGAUGGAAUCAAGCGACUCCGGCAAGUGGAAAGAAGCGUGUGACUCGGAGUUCGAUUCGCUUCAGAGAAACGACACGUGGGAAAUCGUGCCUCUUCCGAAAGGUCGCAAGGCCAUCGGGUGCCGAUGGGUUUUUCGUGUAAAGGAGAAUCAAGAUGGCGAAGUUGAACGUUUCAAGGCAAGACUUGUGGCCAAAGGAUUCUCACAGAAAUUCGGAGUUGACUAUGAAGAAACUUUCGCACCGGUGGCCAAGUUCACAUCGAUUCGUGUGGUGCUCAGUAUGGCGGCUAAGUACGGCCUAAUGCUACAUCAGAUGGACGUCAAGACAGCGUUUCUUAACGGCUCCCUCAACGAAGACAUCUACAUGGACCAGCCGGACGGAUACCUGGAUGCAACACAGCCGGACUAUGUGUGCAAGCUAAAGAGAUCACUCUACGGCUUGAAGCAAUCGCCUCGCAUGUGGAACCAAACAAUCGAUGGGUUCAUGAUCAAGAUGGGAUUCAAGAAGUGCGAAUCGGACCACUGCAUCUACAUCAAGCGAGACGACCAAGACAUGAUUCUCGUGGUGCUCUACGUCGAUGAUCUCAUCCUGGCCAGCAGCAACAACGAACUCCUCAAGUCAACCAAGAUGGCGCUGAGAAAACGCUUCGAAAUGACGGAUCUCGGUGAGCUCGAUUACUUUCUGUUGUAA